AAGACGCGCACGGCGCUCCACGCCGCCAGAUAACGAGCAGCAGGUCCAACAGAAGAAGCUCGUGGGCUACAGGAGCAGAGGGAGCGGCGCGUGGAGCAUCGAGCGCCAUGGAUCACAUCGGGAUCCUGGGGGCGCAUCUGCAGCAGCACGCGCACGUGGAGCCCAUCAGCUUUGGCAUCGACCAGAUCCUCAGCAACGUGGAGCAGAGCUGCAUGCUGGGCGCAAGGAUGCAAGAGUCGGACUACGGGCAUCCGGGGUACAACAACAACGCAGGAGGCUUCGGAUGCGGCGGCGGCGGAUACAACGGGAACGCUGGCGGCUCGUGUGGGGUGGCAUCGCUCGGGGGGCCUUAUCACAUGAACAUGAACGGGACUAACAUAAACCCUGCCGGGGUCAUCCGCGUCCCCGCGCACCGGCCUCUCAGCGGCGGGAGCUCCGCGAUGCCGCCCGUCGCGAGCGGCGGUACCAGCAACCUGAACGCGCUCACCUUCCCGUGGAUGGAGAGCAACCGACGGUACACCAAGGACAGGUUCACAGUCUCCCUCUCACCCCUCACUGUCACACGCCGUGUAGGUCACCCGUACCAGAACCGAACUCCGCCGAAGAAGAAGAAGCCCAGGACGUCGUUCAGCCGGCUGCAGAUCUGCGAGCUGGAGAAGCGCUUCCACCGGCAGAAGUACCUGGCGUCCGCCGAGCGCGCUGCCCUGGCAAAGGCCCUGAAGAUGACCGACGCUCAGGUCAAAACCUGGUUCCAGAACAGACGUACUAAAUGGAGGCGGCAGACGGCAGAGGAACGUGAAGCAGAGCGGCAACAGGCCAACCGGAUUCUUAUGCAACUGCAGCAGGAAGCUUUCCAGAAAACCAUCAACCAGCCGGUAGUCCCUGACCCACUGUGCCUGCAGAACAGCUCCCUGUAUGCCCUGCAGAACCUCCAACCCUGGAGUGAGAACACAGCAAAGAUCAGCAGCGUGUCAGCCUGCGAGUAGACGUCCUGCUCUUGGUCUCAGCCGGAGUUCUCCUGCAGGAUCAAGUGACUGCUGCAGCGUGGAGGAGCUGACUGAUGCCUGCUGAGGAGGUCCUGGUGUUGGACACUGUUUCAUGGCCUUGCUCUUUCUGUCUGACAGAUACUGGUGCUGUUGUUGAUGGGCUCUCUCAGCACUGCUCCCAUCAAAUGGGGUCCACACAGUGACAUGUUGUAUUAAUGUUAAUAAUAUUAUUCACCUAUGAGGGACAUUUAAAAACAUAUAUUUUUAAACAUUUAUAUGUCUGGCUAAAGAGGGCUUUGUCCCAGGGUUACAUGCGUAUUUAUCAACUUUGUUAUUGGACUUUUUAAUCAAGUGCAGAAUAGCAAAACACUUGUUUUAACUGAAAGAAAUGGAUGAAAUGAAACAAAUCACUGAUACAGUCUGGGGAGAUUUUCAGUCUAGAUUAAUGAUGCAUUUAAUUUACCUCAGAAUUAAAACUUCCAACCGCAAAUGAUGUCACAUUAGCCUUAAACCCAUGAAAGACUUUGCUUACAGUUGUGCUGGGAGACCCGGCGGCUAAUGACUCUUAGCAACAUAAACUGACAACAAGAACUUUCUCAGCAUGUUGCACAGUUAAGCACCUCAGCAGCACCUUCACAAACAGGUUGGGUAGUUCUAUGUGAGCCACUGAUUUAAUACAUGCAGAAGUAUGUCAGAAGUACGAAAACAGGACAUUACUGCAACUAUUGCUACCUUUUCUGCACGCAGCAGCCAUGUUGGAGGUCUGAAUGUUUGAGAUCCGGGUCAGAUAAAAAAAUCAGCUGAAACUUCCACCAAAAGCAGCAUUUUCACCUUGAAAAUCUGAGGUUUCUGUCAUCCCUGACCUAAAACUCCAACAUGGCUGCCGUGCUUCUACAAUACAGAAAGAAACCAUUUAUUUAUAUAUCUUUAUAUCAGUUUGUCACCAUGACUUUAUUGUACAACCUGUUAUAUUACUGCACUGGUUAAUUUCAGCAAAAGCUUAGAAAUAUACUAUUAUCUUGUAUAAUAGUAUAUUAUACAAGUCAAUACAUGUAGUUUGUAUUGCUAAUAGCAGUUAGCUUGGUCACCAAACACAACUAUUAGCGACUCCCGCUGCUUUUCUGAGCUUAAACUGGAGCACAGUUAUACUGGAUGUGACCUCAUUCCUAGAUUUGAGUUUGAACUUCCAAGGUAACUGAAUGCCAUCAGGAAAUCUUCAACAAAAUUAAAAUUCCAGUUUCUGGGGGCAAUCCAGUUGAUUUCUCCCAGUUAGAUCGUGGAAAUUCAGACUUCCCAAUACAAAUGGGACACACCAUAAAAAGUCAAAACAAAAUCUAAAUGGUGAAAAUGCAAUGUAUUGCACUAAAAAAUACAUUUAAAGACAGGUUACCAUGUUCUGUAGUUUUUAUUUCUGUUAUCCUGCCAUGUCCUGUGUGUGUGUGGGUGUGUGUGUGUGGGUGUGUGUGUGCGUGGGUGUGUGUGUGUGGGUGUGUGUGUGCGUGUGGGUGUGUGUGUGCGUGUGUGUGUGUAUUUCAUCUCCAUUAUUUGGUGGACACUUAUUUACACACAGAGCUGUGAAAAAGUAUUUCCCCCUAUAGAAUUUUCAGUUUUUGCUUCUUUUUUUUUUCCCAUUAAAAUGUUUCAGGUGAACAAACACAUUUUAAUAUGAGAACCUGAUUAAAGUGCAGCUUUCAAAUAAUGAUUUCAAAAUCUACCCAAACCAACAAUUUAAAAAGGAAAAAAAAAACAGCUCUCUUCUUAAAUCACGAAUUAACUUAAAUUAACACAGGACAGUGGCGCCCCCAGAACGUUUUCACGGCGGGUUUCAUGUGGGGCCAUUAAAAAUCCAGGGGCCAAAAUCAAUCCAAUGACUGAUUCUGAAAAAUACUGUGACAUUGUACUAUUACUAUUUCUAGUAAUAGAAACUAGAUCCUUCCUGCCCACA